AUGAGAAAAUUCAUGGUAUUUAUGAUUUUACAUUACAUUUUAUAUACCGAGUGAGGACGCUAGUAGUAGAGCACUGAAUUGGAUAUGUGUCUAUCACCUAAUCUAAGUCAUCGUGUGGUGGUGGUUUUGGUCGGUGGCAAAGAGAGAAGAAACAAAGCCUGUUCUUCUUACCAUGUCGGAUCAUCUUCCGCGCGAAGUGCUAACCGAAAUCCUCUCCCGGUUACCGGUCAGAUCCCUACUGAGAUUCCGGUCAACGUCCAAGUCAUGGAAGUCCUUAAUCGACAGCCAGCACUUGAACUGGCUUCAUCUGACUAGAUCCCUGACCUUAGCCUCCAACACGAGCCUCAUCCUCCGUGUGGACUCCGAUCUAUACCAGACCAAUUUCCCAACCCUAGACCCUCCCGUAUCCCUUAACCACCCUCUCAUGUGCUACAGCAACAGCAUAACCCUCCUCGGUUCCUGCAACGGCCUUCUCUGUAUAUCCAACGUCGCCGACGACAUCGCCUUUUGGAACCCCUCCCUCCGCCAACACCGUAUUCUUCCUUACCUCCCUGUCCCCCGCCGCCGUCACCCCGACACGACGCUCUUUGCCGCCCGCGUCUGCGGCUUCGGCUUCGACCAUAAAACUCGCGACUACAAGCUCGUCCGCAUCUCUUAUUUCGUCGACCUUCAUGACCGCUCCUUCGACUCCCAGGUCAAGCUCUACACGCUCCGCGCCAACGCCUGGAAGACACUUCCCAGCUUGCCCUACGCGCUCUGCUGCGCCCGUACCAUGGGCGUCUUCGUCGGAAACUCCCUCCACUGGGUCGUCACGCGCAAACUCGAACCCGACCAACCCGAUCUCAUCAUCGCCUUCGAUCUCACCCACGACAUCUUCCGCGAGCUCCCGCUUCCUGACACCGGAGGUGUCGACGGCGGGUUCGAGAUCGACCUGGCGCUGUUAGGUGGUUCCCUCUGCAUGACCGUGAACUUUCACAAAACGAGAAUCGACGUUUGGGUGAUGAGGGAGUAUAACCGUAGAGACAGUUGGUGUAAGGUGUUCACGCUCGAGGAGUCGCGUGAGAUGAGAUCGUUGAAAUGCGUGAGGCCGUUGGGCUACUCGAGCGAUGGGAACAAGGUUCUGUUGGAACACGACAGGAAGAGGCUGUUUUGGUAUGACCUGGAAAAGAAAGAGGUUGCCCUUGUUAAAAUUCAGGGUUUGCCUAAUUUAAAUGAAGCCAUGAUUUGUUUGGGAACCCUCGUACCACCAUACUUCUUACCUCGUCAAAUUUGUAGGAAGCCGCGUGCUUUAGGAUGCGAACGUCCCAGGAAGACGAGGGAUGACUUCCUGUCGCAGGGUUUCAAAUUGACAUUAUGAGGAAGUCUAAGAAGAAGAAGCAAUGGUACAUGGGGGUAGCUGAAACUGGCUCGGCGGGUUUGUUUUGCAGUUGAUUCAAGCCAAAGGGAGGUUGAGGAAAAGUAAGAAAAUGUUGCUUCCGUUACAAUGACUGUAAUGUAUAGUUAAAUUAAUACUAUCAGCUACAUAUUUUACUUUGGGAUGUGUGCCACGUUUGACGAACUCUGAAACAAACAUGCUCUUAUUGGUUACUUGCUGAGUUAUCUGACUCUGAUGAUGAAAUUCGUGGCCCUGGUUCACAGGACGAGUUAAAUUGAUCAAGAGCAGGAACAGAGACACCGUUUUGCCUGUUAAGAUAUAAGACUCUUUCCUUGUACAGUUUUUGCACCUUUUGUUUUCUUAGCGAUUUAGGGGCGAACAAAGCCCCCCACCAAAGUGAAAGAAAGGGCUGCAGACCUGCCAUUCAGAAUGUUGAAGAAGGAAACAAUGACUGAAGAACAGAUACCAAAUAUACAAAUGCUGCUUUCCUCACUUAUUAACAGUCUCCAAUUACUAAGAUCCCGUAAGACACUCGCUUUCCGCAAUAGAAAAAAAAUGGCCUAUAUGGUUUUGUCUAAGCUUGGAUUGCCUCAGUGGUUUGGUUGUAAAGAAGUGUCAUGUAUGUACGUGUGUUAAUCUGGUUGUACCAGCAAACUGUAAUUAAAUUUUUGCAGUUAACUUGACAUGAAAUAUUGUUGUUUUUGUUUAUUGGUAGGUGGACUUUGCAAAUUGAAUGCGGAAAGGUUGACAAUUUACAUUAACGAAGGAUUUGACACUAGGCUUUUUGUCCUUUAGAUGAAACUAAGUUGAAGUGCUUUCUAGUGCUGGCCUUGUCCUUCGAUACUUGUGGUUUUAGGAUGUUAAUCUUUUGUUGCUUAAAUGAAUUUAACUAACGCUUAUUUAGCGCUUGUGUGUA